CCCACCCUACCGCACCCCCCCGGCGCGGCCCAGGAGCGCGGCGGCGGCUUGGCGGGCGAUGAGGAAGGAGCCCGGGGACUGCUGAGCGGGCCGAGGCCCGGCGGGGCUCCCGGCGACCCCCGGCGUCGCUGCCAGCCGGGCCCGCGGGGCAGGGGCGGGAAGGGCCCGGACCCUCCACCGGCCGCUGAGGUCAGAUGUUUCCAUCGGUUGUGAAGAAGAAGAGUGGAGUCGGGACCUGCUAAGUGCUGAUCUGCUUGUGCUCCGGACCAUGGACUCAUUGAGGGUGUCCCAGGUGUGAAAAUGUCCAGCAGUAAUCGGGAGUUAGUGAUUGACUUUGUUUCCUACAAGCUCUCACAGAAGGGAUACAGCUGGAGUCAGCUGGAGGAGGAGGAUGAGAACAGGACUGACUUUGCAGCAGAGGAGGCCGAGAUGGACGGCGUCCUCAACGGGAGCCCCUCCUGGCACCCGCCUGCCAGCCACGUAGUGAACGGAGCCGCCAUGCACCGGAACAGCCUCGAAGUCCAUGAAAUCGUUCAAACAGCUGAUGUGAGGCAGGCGUUGAGAGAGGCAGGGGAUGAGUUUGAGUUGAGGUACCGGCGGGCUUUCAGCGACCUCACUUCCCAGCUCCACAUCACCCCUGGCACGGCGUAUCAGAGCUUUGAGCAGGUAGUGAAUGAACUCUUCCGCGAUGGAGUGAACUGGGGUCGCAUCGUGGCUUUCUUCUCCUUCGGAGGAGCCUUGUGUGUGGAGAGCGUUGACAAGGAGAUGCGGGUAUUGGUGGGACGCGUUGUAUCUUGGAUGACCACGUACUUGACCGACCACCUAGAUCCCUGGAUCCAGGAGAAUGGCGGAUGGGGGUUCACAAAAUCCAGAUUGUGCUGCAGAGUAACCUGCGAUGGCCAGGACGCGGGAGUGCUUGUCUUGCUGGGAUGCGGCAGUGGGGAGAGGAAGGAGCGGUUUGUGGACCUCUACGGGAACGAUGCUGCUGCCGAGGUGAGGAAGGGCCAGGAGACCUUCAACAAAUGGCUCCUGACCGGGGCGACGGUGGCAGGAGUGCUUCUGCUGGGAUCCCUGCUGAGCCGCAAGUGACCCGCCGCCGAAUCCCCCCGUCGCCAGGACGGCUGCGCCUUCACCGCCACAUCCACUACACUCCGCUCCCGAGCACCAUCACCGGCGCGGGGGGGGCAGCCCCUCUGCCUCCCGGGCGAGCGCCCCGUUCCACGGAGCUUUCUCCCUCGUGCCGCCAGCUCCUUUUAUUGUAGCCCGUCUUAUUUUCCGUUCCGUUGUGUUUUAAAGGCGCUGAGACCAAUGCAGCACUUCAGCCAACAGCUCCCAGCGCUGGGGAGAUCCAGGCAGCCGGGGGGAGUACCGGCUAGAAGGUGUCCCAGCCCUGCAGGGUCCUCUAGAUCACUUUGAAGAGAAUAAACAGACUUAUUUUUGCAUGUGUGAGUGCGUGCGUGUGUGUAGAUGUGUCACUAAUAUAAGGUUCCCCAGCCAGAGCAAGGGUCGAGGCUCCGUACCCCCAUCUCCAUCAUGCUCAGGCCCCAGGAAGAGGUAGGCUGCCAAACGGGAUGGAGCUUCCCUGCAGCAUCCCUAUGCCAUCCCCGCUUCGUCUGGGAAGAGCUCAUCCCUGCAGGGGUCGGGGGGAGCCGGGAGGAAGAGGCAGAGGCCGGCGGUGACGAGCUCUGCCCUCAUGUCAGUCCCUGAGCCCCUUUCUCCCUGGACAGCAGCUGCUGGGAGCUGAGGCCGGUCUCAGGUGAGGAUGGUGCGUCAGGCCCAGGGCUGUGCCUGCUUUGAAGGGUUCCUCCUCCUCUUCCUCCUCCUCCCUCCGAAUGUAGAUUGCUGUGGGGCAGUGUGCAUCCCUCCCCACACCUGCUCCUCCGGGCUGGCAAAGGAGGAAGGCAGGCGAGGGGGGAGAGCGCUUUCCCCGGCCCCUACCCUGGAACAAGGGGCUCUGCAGAGAGCUGGGGCUGCAGUGUCCAGCAAGUGCAGGAAUACAGAGCCGGGGGGGUGGAAGGGGUGUCGGGGUGUGGGUGCGAUGCUCCUGCCCUUCAUGGGGGUGGCAGCAGGGGAAGGCAGAGCCCUGGGAGCAAUCCCACCGCAGCCGAUCCAUGGGGCCAGUGGGGGAGCGAGCGCAGGGGAGCUGGGAGCGAGGGCUGGCACCAGCUGAGACCUGUCCCCGCCGCCGGGAAGCUUCUUUGGGGACAGUGGGAGCUGCUGGCUUCUCCUGUGCUGUCCUGGUUGCUGCCAGUCCCCGUAGCGCAGGCAGAUCCCUGUCCCCAUGGCGUGGCUGUGAUGGGUGCAUGCAGUGGCAGAGGUGCCUGGCUCCCCCCCCCACCCCUCUUCCCGUGCGGCUCCUGCUGCCGCCAGGGCAGGGAACAUCCCGGGCUUUGAGCUGAAAUUAGCUUCGAAAAUAACCCCUCAUCCUUCGGAGACGACCACCGGCAGACCCAGCUGUCCACGCGGGCUUGUCUGUGUACAUACCGCCCGCGCUCUGCUGUACAUAUCCGAGUAGUUUUUAAUUCAUUUGUGAAUACUCUUAAUGCUAUUUUUGUUAUCUUGUCUGUCCGUAUUUAUGUGUGGGGCCGUGCUCCCUGCAAAGGCCAAGGUGGGAUGGAGGCGGGGAGGGGGAAACUGGAGGCUUUGGGGGGGGUCCCACCUGGCCGCCGAGCACGGACUCGCGCUCCCAGUGUAGGAUGUGCUCCCGGCACCCAUGGUGCUGGGAGCGGAUCCUACGCAGGGAGCACGAGGAUUAGCAUUAGCCCAUUGAACGCUUCGGUUUGCAGGUGGAGGUGAUUCCACUAAUAAACUCUUGUCAUUGGA